CUAAUGUCAGAAUUAUCUGAAAACGAUAAAGCAAAAGGGACUUUCCCUUAAUUAUCGUGCUCUCGGUUACAUUUACCUGAGUUGUUCUCGAAAAAAAAGGAGAACGCGACAGUUGUGCAUAAUCGCGGCUCCACGGGGAUGAAAUCAAUGGUGAGAUGCUGUGAGCGCAUGUGGGAUAACGAAUCCACUGCGUUGAGCUUCACUACGCAGUGCCAAAGACCCGCAGUUGGUCUCGAGCCUGAGCCAGAGUACCACCGAGUUUUUUUUUUUCCACCGAGUUAUUGUUUUGACCGAUCCCAGGAGUCAUGAAGGAUCAAGAGACCACCGGUUGCCAAAAAAAACCUACGAAAUUGCGGAAUUUAAUCUACAAGACUGAAGCAUUCGAUUCCCUUCAUCCGCGAGGAACAGAGAAAACUCUUUGCUCCGGACAAGUCUGUCUUGGAAGUAUCAUGACACUUCCUUUCCACGGGCCUGAGCCCCGGAAAAAAGAGGAACUCCUGGUUCACGCGAAGGACUUCCUCGAGCAAUACUUCACAUCGAUUCGAAGACUAAACAGCGAAGCUCAUCACUUGCGAUGGGAGAGCGUCCAAAAAGAAGUGCUGACAACCGGCACUUAUCAGUUAAGCGAAACAGAAUUAGUUUUCGGUGCUAAAUUAGCCUGGAGAAAUGCGGCGCGUUGCAUCGGCAGAAUUCAGUGGUCGAAACUCCAGGUUUUUGAUUGUCGAUACGUGACGACAACGAGUGGAAUGUUUGAGGCGAUAUGCAAUCACAUCAAGUACGGCACUAAUAAAGGAAACAUAAGGUCUGCCAUCACCAUUUUUCCACAACGCACUGAUGGCAAGCAUGACUACCGCGUAUGGAAUUCUCAGCUAAUCGGUUAUGCAGGGUAUAAAAAUAAGGAUGGCAGUAUUCUUGGUGAUCCUGCCAAUGCAGAAUUUACCGAUUUGUGCUUCAAACUCGGUUGGAGGGGCCCGCGCUCAGGUAUUCGCACGAGAUUUGAUGUUCUACCACUGGUUCUUUCAGCGAACGGCCACGAUCCCGAUUAUUUUGACAUUCCCGCAGAACUCGUCCUCGAAGUUCCUUUGAAGCACCCGACAUACGAAUGGUUCGAGGAAAUGCAAUUGAAAUGGUUCGCUGUUCCCGCGGUGUCUUCCAUGGUUUUUGAUUGCGGAGGACUGGAGUUCACGGCUACUCCUUUCAAUGGCUGGUACAUGAGCACCGAAAUUGGGGCCCGCGAUCUCUGCGAUGUCACACGUUACAAUCUACUUGAGACAAUAGCCAUCAACAUGGGUCUGGACACACGAACACCAAUAACUCUGUGGAAAGAUAAAGCCAUGAUAGAAGCAAAUGUUGCUGUCUUGUACAGCUUUCAGAUAAAGAAUGUAACAAUCGUGGAUCACCACACGGCAUCGGAAUCCUUCAUGAAGCAUUACGAAAAUGAGAUGAGGCUGCGUAAAGGAUGCCCAGCUGAUUGGCUGUGGAUCGUUCCUCCACUCUCCGGGUCGGCGACUCCUGUCUUUCACCAGGAAAUGGCGCUUUAUCACCUGAAGCCGUCGUACGAUGCCCAGGACCCAGCGUGGAAGACCCACGUGUGGAAAAAGGGUCGCGACAAGAAGUCGACGUCCAAAAAACCGAGAAGAAAAUUCCAUUUCAAACAAAUCGCUCGUGCCGUAAAGUUCACAUCGAAAUUAUUCGGUCGUGCGCUAUCUCGUCGCAUAAAGGCGACAGUUUUGUUCGCAACUGAGACAGGCACUUCUCAGAUGUACGCCGAAAAACUUGGGGAACUUCUCGGGCAUGCCUUUCACUCCCAAGUGCUCAAUAUGGCAGAGUAUGAUAUCAGUAAUAUCGAGCAUGAAGCACUUCUGCUUGUCAUUACUUCAACUUUUGGGAAUGGAGAUCCACCGGAGAAUGGAGAGGCAUUCGCUCAGAAUCUCUAUGCUAUGAAGAUGAAUGAGACUUAUGUCAAUAGUGAAGCGAAAAUCAGUCUGGCAACAUCGAAGUCAUUUAUCAAAGCAAACAGUCAAACAGAAGUCGGGAGUGUGAAGAAAUUGGAUAGAUUAGAUUCCCUCCGGGGCUCCACGACGGAAUCUCAGAAUGAAGACACAUUCGGACCCUUGAGUAACGUGAGAUUCGCAGUAUUUGCUCUGGGCUCGUCAGCCUAUCCGAAUUUCUGUGCCUUUGGCCGUUACGUGGAUAAUCUCCUUGGGGAAUUGGGGGGUGAACGACUUUUGAAAUUGUCCCAGGGAGAUGAGAUGUGUGGGCAGGAGCAGGCCUUCCGGAAGUGGGCUGCUGACACUUUUGCAGUUGCCUGCGAGACUUUCUGCCUCGAUGAUGACGAGACGCUUCUCGAGGUGGCGCUUUCUCUGGGGUCCGAGGCCCUUUCCAGGUCUACUGUAAGGUUCAUCGAUGCUGAUCCUCAGCCGAUCGCUAAAUCUCUAAGCAAAUGCCAUAAUCGGAACGUCACGACGUGUAAUAUGUUGCGGAAAACUGAUCUGAGUGGGGGAAUAGCGGGGGGAACAACUCUGCUCUUGGAGCUCGAUGAUCUGGCCAGCAUGGAAAUCCCGUACAAGCCUGGGGAUCACUUGGGUGUCUUUGCGUGCAAUAAAACUGAAUUAGUCGAAGGGAUUCUCGCUCGAAUCGAGCCCACGAUGGACUUCGACACACCCAUGGAGCUACAGACCCAAAAGCAGUCGCACACUCCAAACGGAAUUAUCAAGACGUGGGUUCCUCACGAGAGGUUCUCUCCAAAUUCCCUCAGGAUGCUGCUGACUCGCUUCCUGGACAUCACGACUCCGCCGACGCCGAAUUUGCUGAGAUACUUCUCCUCGAUAGCUACUAACCAGAAAGAAAAGGCGCAGUUGAAUCUUCUCGCUAGUGAUUCGGCUGCCUAUGAAGACUGGAAACACUGGAAAUACCCAAAUUUACUCGAGGUGCUUGUAGAAUUCCCAUCAGUGAAGCCAUAUGCUCCAUUGUUCGUUCUCCACUUGACGCCUCUUCAGCCUCGAUUCUACAGUAUUUCAUCGUCUCCGUUAGUACAUCAGGGCCAAAUUCAUCUGACUGUAGCUGUCGUACAAUAUAAAUCACAGGGGGGAAGUGGACCAGUGCACUACGGCGUCUGCUCUAAUUACUUGAACGAAAUAACAGAUGGUGAACCACUUUAUGUAUUUGUUCGCAGUGCACCUAAUUUCUACAUGCCACCGAAUCCCGAGCCCCCGAUGAUUUUGGUGGGUCCUGGCACAGGAAUCGCACCCUUCCGUGGAUUCUGGCAUCACCGGAACGCCCAGAAGCUACUGAACAAACGGCAGGAAUUCGGGAAGGUCUGGCUGUUCUUCGGCUGUCGCCAGAGAACUCUCGAUCUUUACAGACAGGAGAAAAGGGAGAUGAUGGAGACGGGAGUCUUAGACAGAGUGUUUUUGGCAUUGUCUCGUGAGCCUGAUGUCAAAAAGAUUUACGUGCAAGAUCUGAUCCAAGCAGAGGCAUCUCAGAUCUUUAACAUGCUUUUCUAUGAACAAGGCCACUUCUAUGUCUGCGGUGAUUGUACAAUGGCCGAAGACGUGUAUCAGACACUUAAACUCAUUAUUCAAACGCAUGGACAUAUGAAUGAUAAAGAGGUCGAAGCUUACAUGUUGUCUCUGAGGGAUCAGAACAGAUAUCACGAGGACAUAUUCGGAAUAACCUUUCGCACAGCCGAGGUUCACAACAGAUCCCGGGAGACCGCGAGGAUACGCUUGGCCACUGAACCGACGUCCAGCUGAAUUCCCGAAGGAACAUAUCACGAUUAUUCUAAUCGAUUAACUAAAUAUAAUAAAUAACAGGAUCCGCCAUUCAAGGCUAAUUUAAUCAAUCAAAAAAUAAAUCGAUUCUUCUUUCUCUUAUGAUAUUUGUGAUCGGCGAUCUUCUGGAACUGCAUGCUCUAUUUUUGAUGACGACUCACUUCUUAUCGGAGUCUGUAAUAUAUUUAACAACCGAUUCCGUAUCAAUCGCACAAAUUUAUUGUAGUCUGUAAGAACUAGGUGGGAGAGGCACAAAAUGGGGAAAUGCAAUGGAGGAAUUCCUGGAAUGAAUGUAAUCAUUAUUUAUUCCAGUCGUUGAUUUCCCUUUUUUUAUGAGAUUUAUGAACCGUCUGCGGGUAUUAAUUGGAUUGUAAUUUAAGGGCACCUUGGGAAAUUGUAAUUCAUGAGAAUAAAAACAUCAGAA